AAUCAGUCAGGCAGUAUAGGAAUGAGCAUCUACAAGAAAAAUCUGUUUGCAGGACUUGGGGCUCGUCUGUUCAAUUCCAUUUGAGGGCACUGGUUGCUGCUGAGGUUUAGCAGGGUUUGCUGUAAAACUUUAUUUUAUGACUUACUAACAGUCAUGUCAAAACAGUCCAUUGUUGGUGGAAGCCCUUUGGUAUAUUUAAAAGACUUGAUGGAAUGCUGUAUUAUGAAGUCUAAUCUUCAUUUUGUAAAUCAUCCCAUGGGACCUCAGUCAUUCUUUGAAUGUAUCUGUAGCUAAGGACUACACAAGGCUUUCUUCCACAAUUAGUCCCAUAGGUAGAAGUCUGUAACAUUUCGUUCGGAAAUUUAUUGAUUGCUUUGAAAAUUGUGUUCCUUAAUUUAAGAAUCUACAUUGAACUAAAACAGAAGUUGCUGGAAAAGCUCAGCAGACCUGCAACUUCUGUUUUUGUUUCUGAUUUAUAGCAUCCUCUUUUGGUUUCUACAGCAAACUAAGUUACCUUGUGAAUGCUUCGCCUUUUUACACCAUUUUAAUGGGGACAUCAGUCCCUUGGAAAUAAAAUGUUAAUGCUUCUCAAGAUAGAGAGACUCUUGUUUUGGAGUAUUGUACAGUAACACUACAAGUAGUGACUUCCAGGCUAUGAUUUCAGUAAUACUUUUUCUCCAAAGUGUUUACUACAAACCAGCAAUAUCAAGCUAUGAUUGUAACUUCAUUGCAAGCUCUUGAUUCAGGUUUCUGCUUCCGCUCUAGCUUCAUGUCGCUAUAUCUAUAUGGUUUGCCCAAUGGAAAUGAUUCUAUGAGCUCCCUUCACAUAUCCAUUGGUGGUCUUCCAGUUAUAGCGUCCAUGACCAAAACAAGAGAUUCACGUUUUCACCUGAAAUGGAAGACUAUACUAGCAGCAAUCAUAGUUCUUUUCAUAUUAUACAUGCUGUAUUUUCACAAAAGUUCCCCAAAUAGCCCUUAUCCACGAAAUAUCCACAACUGGCCGAUUGAUAAUUUUCCAAAGGACAGAUACAAUGACACGUACCCACUUUCACCCCCGCAGAAGACCCUGGAAGGCAUCCGAUACCGUAUCGGGCUGAUUGCUGACCUGGACGCUAACUCAAAGAAGGAGUUGAACAGUGACACUUGGUUUAGUUACCUAAAGAAAGGCUACUUGAUAUUAUCAAACAGUGGUGACAAAGUAACUCUCGAAUGGGACAAAAAUGAGUCCAUUCUCAAAACGCAUUUGUCAGAAAAAGGACGUGGCAUGGAAUUGUCCGAACUCAUAGCAUUUAAUGGAAAGCUUUACACUGUGGAUGAUAGGACAGGUGUCGUGUAUGAUAUUGAUGGUGAUAAGGCAGUCCCUUGGGUAAUUCUAUCAGAUGGAGAUGGAACUGUUGAGAAAGGUUUCAAAGCUGAAUGGUUGGCAGUAAAAGACGAGCACCUUUAUGUGGGUGGACUCGGUAAGGAAUGGACUACCACCACAGGAGAGGUAGUCAAUGAAAAUCCAGAGUGGGUGAAAGUUAUUGGUUACAAAGGUGAUGUAAAUCAUGAAAAUUGGGUGUCUCACUACAAUGCACUCCGCACAGCUGCUGGAAUUAAAGCCCCAGGAUACCUCAUUCAUGAAUCUGCAGCCUGGAGUGAUCGACUGCAGCGCUGGUUUUUCCUGCCACGGCGAGCAAGCAGUGACCGCUAUAAUGAAAAAGACGAUGAACACAAAGGAACAAAUCUUAUUAUUAAAUGUACUCAAGAUUUUAAGGAGGUCUUGGUGAGCAAGAUUGGAGUGGUUAACCCGACUCAUGGAUUCUCUUCCUUUAAGUUCAUUCCAGAUACAGACGAUCAAAUCAUUGUGUCGUUGAAAUCGGAGGAAGAUAAUGGGAAAAUAGCAACUUAUAUAAUGGCUUUUACUUUAGAUGGACGCUUUCUUUUAGAGGAGACAAAAGUAGGGGAUAUAAAAUAUGAAGGGAUAGAAUUUAUAUAAGUCAUUUCACAGUCAAGUGCAAAGAUCUGGAUUAAAGUACUACUGUCUCCAAGAACUCUCAGAACGGCAGUUUCCCAAAUUGGUAUCAUCAUUUAAGAUCAUUCUUGGUUGCCAUUAAUCGAAGUAGUGUUCUUUUGUAAUACCCUCUUCUUUGUUUACAUGUCAAAAACUGAAUACAAGGUAUUGCAAGAAUCGCACUUUCCUUCUGCUUUUUUCUUCAAACAACUAAUUUUGCUGAAAUUGUUGAACAUUUACUGGGGAUGUUACUUAUGCUUAUGAGGUGUAAAGUCUACAGUCAAUCAAGAAAUUGUACAUGUCCUUUUUUUUAAAGUAAAUCAAUAUUGGUUCAAUUUG